GACCCAUCACCAUGUGGUUGAAUACAGUGCGAGAGGGGGAAACUCAAUGAUUGAAAUUGAGUAAAAAUAAAUUUGACUGCCAAUUCGAAAACUCACUGCUGCUGUGCCCUCUGUGUGUGUAUAUAUAAGUGUUUUUAUCCACCGUUUGCAUUCACUCGAAUUCAGAUUUCCCAAUUGUAUUAUCCACCGUUUGUGGCUCAUAGGUAUCCACGACCACUUCAUAUAAAUACCACCCAUCUUCAUCAUCAAUUCUUGAAUCAUUUUUGCUUGUUUCUUGAUCCCCAUGGCGACCAUCUCAAGAUUUGUUGCCAAAGAUUGUAACUUUCACUCGUUUCAUGCUCUUUCCAGAUCAAACUAUGGAUUAACCGCCAAAACACUUCACACCCACAAUUUGAAGUGUGAUUUUGGGGGAGCUGGUGAUGAGAGGAGUAGUUUGAGAGUUCAAAGUAAGGGAAAGCCUCUGAUUGCUCUUUCUUUUCCAUGUUCAAAUGUUCAUUCUUCUGUUAUCAGGAGCCGCACAGUUCAAUGCAAAGCGGCAACAAAUGUACCAGGCGACCUCUCUGGUGAUUCUAGUGGAAUGACCCAAUAUGAGAAGAUAAUUGAAACAUUGACUACACUUUUUCCUCUAUGGGUUGUUUUGGGUACUAUUAUUGGCAUAUACAAGCCCUCAGCGGUGACAUGGUUACAAACAGAUCUUUUUACUGUUGGCUUAGGUUUCCUCAUGCUUUCAAUGGGAUUGACGCUUACAUUUGAUGACUUCAGACGUUGUUUACGAAAUCCAUGGACUGUGGGUGUAGGAUUUCUUGCGCAGUACUUUAUCAAGCCUUUAUUAGGAUUUGCUAUUGCAACGGCUUUAAAGCUGUCUGCUCCUCUUGCAACUGGGCUUAUUCUGGUUUCAUGCUGUCCCGGGGGGCAGGCAUCAAAUGUUGCAACAUAUAUCUCCAAAGGAAAUGUAGCACUGUCAGUUCUGAUGACAACGUGUUCAACUGUUGGUGCUAUUAUCAUGACGCCGCUUCUUACUAAGCUUCUGGCUGGGCAGCUUGUUCCAGUCGAUGCAGCAGGCCUUGCACUCAGCACCUUUCAGGUUGUUUUAGUUCCCACAAUCAUUGGAGUGUUAUCAAAUGAAUACUUCCCCAAAUUCACUUCAAAGAUAAUAACAGUAACACCUUUGAUUGGGGUUAUGCUUACCACUCUUCUUUGCGCUAGUCCGAUUGGGCAAGUUGCAGAUGUUCUGAAAACUCAGGGAGCUCAGUUAUUACUUCCGGUUGCACUUCUUCAUGCUGCAGCCUUUUUAAUUGGUUAUUGGAUUUCAAAGCUAUCAUUUGGUGAAUCAACUUCUCGUACCAUUUCCAUAGAAUGUGGGAUGCAGAGCUCAGCACUUGGAUUUUUGCUUGCCCAAAAGCAUUUCACAAACCCGCUGGUUGCUGUACCGUCUGCUGUGAGCGUUGUGUGCAUGGCUCUUGGUGGGAGUGCAUUAGCGGUGUAUUGGAGGAACCAGCCAAUUCCUAUUGAUGACAAAGAUGACUUUAAGGAAUAGAAUCUUACUGGAAGCUCUUCCCUGGGGAUUUCCAAUUUCAUAUCUAGUUGAUUAUUAGUUUUGCCAGAUGUAAUAGCCCUUCUCAUUCUGUGUGUAAGCGAAAAUAAAGAUUUUUCCAGUGUCAGCUUCAAAUUUUGGAACUAGGCAACUAGUUAUCUUGCAUGUAGACCAGAAGCAUUAGGUCUAGAAGUGUAGAACUCAAACUAUGCUGUAAUUGGCUUGUGAUCAAGCCAUUGCAUUCACUGUACGAGAACUCGAGUUGAUUUUUUUUCA